UUCUUAAAACUGCAACCGGAAGUUGUGUAUGUCGGUGACUUGACGUCGGUCUUUGUAACGGUAGCUCGCCUCUGAUGGUCCACCGAUUGUGUCGGUUUGUUGACGUCUGCAGGAGCACGGCGGUAGUUAGUGACGGGUAGUGGGGGCCGUUGUUUCGGGCGAGUGUCCACCGAAGCUAGCCCCGGCGAGCUAGCUCCAAUGGGGUGUUGGACUUAGAAGAUGAUCGCCUCACUGUCGAGAGGAAGUCUGCUGGACGAGGUUCUUCAUGGGAGCUUUAACGAGCAGCAGCUGGCAACCUAUAUUUCCUGGGUGAAUUCUCAGCUGAAGAGGAAACCGGGCCUGAAGCCCAUCACGAGCCUCAGGCAUGACCUGCAGGAUGGAGUGGUGCUCACACAGCUGAUAGAGAUAGUUGCUGGUGAAGUGCUGGAGGGAGUGUAUGUGACGCCACAAAACAGAGAGGAAAGCUGGAGGAAUGUGGAGCAAGUCUUGCAGUUCAUUUCCUCCAGACACAUACGCAUGCCACACAUAUCCGCAAGAGACAUUGUGGAUGGCAAUCUGAAAUCUGUAAUGAGGAUCAUUCUGGCGCUGGCUGCUCAUUUCAAACCCUCCGCCAACCACAGGGCUGCUACCGGAAGCGGGAGGACCUCGACAAGAGGCCACGUGAGCCACAACCCUCUCUCCACUGUUGCAUUAGCACAGGAUGCUGCUGCUGCACUGGCAUCAGCACGAUUCGAUGCCUCACAGGCUGCACGAGUCCCACGUCUCCACAGUGGCUGGGGGUUGGACGUGGAAAAGAGUGUGUGUGUUCGUGCACUGGUUGAACAGUAUGAAAGAGGAUCUCCAGAGGAGCAGGACGACCCUCAGCCUAUCAGCCUCAGCUCUGUCAGUCCACUGUCUAAUCCAAGAGCUCCAGCCAGCAGCCAAACAGACGGACAGGAGGAUGACCGCCAACAACAGCACAGCAGUGCUGAGACAUCUCAUCAUGUAGCAGAGACGUCGUGGGGGGAUUCUCUCAGUGAAACUUUGGAGAAGGAGGUACAAGACACGCGUAAAAUGGUGUCGGCUUUACAGGCUCUGCUGCUGCAUGGUUCAAUGCCUGAGGAUGAGACGGAUGCGUCGUUCACUUUGGACCAGGGCAACGCUGAACAACAGCUGGUUGUCAUUCGCAGUCGUUUCGAUCAGAGUAUGGACGAGGCUCAGGAGCUAAAGAGGGAACUGCUGCAAUGUAAGCAGGAGAUGAGAAACCUCCAGGGAGUCAAGGCUGCCCAGCAGCAGAGGCUAAGCUCUCAGGAGGACACAAUACUGCAGAUGAAGAAAGAGCUCCUCAGAGCCAGCAUGACAAAGGAGGAACUCAACAACCAGAACGCAGAGCAACAGUGGAAGCUGGAGGAAAGCAACAGACUGUGGGGUGAAUGCAAGAAAGAGAUGGGACAGAAGGACAGACUACUGCAGCAACUCAAACACAAGCUUGAAGAAAGCCAAAAACAGCAGAGUGAACUGCAAAGAGAGUUGGAACAUAAAACCACUGUGCUGCAGGAGCUACUGAGUAGAGAUCUGCCACAGAUUCCCACAGGCACAGAAAACAAUGGAUGUUCUUACUCUGGACAUCCUGCUCCCUCUGUGUCAGGCCAGGCGGAGGAGGUUCAGCUGCUCAGAGAGGCACUGAGGAGUUUAAGGAACAACUUCAGAGACCACGACCCGCAGCACCACACACUGGACACCCUGGAGCAGGGAAUAGUGUCACUCAUCGACAGACUGCAUGUUGUGCACACACACAGGGGAAGGGGGAAGUCUCCAAGACGUAAAGGUCAACAAACAGACUCUGACUCCUGGCCUUACACAAAGGUUUGUCAGUCCCACAGUGGUUCUUCUGCCUCAACUAAAAUCCUUUAUUUCACUGGAAAAUCCCCAACACCUUCCAUGAUCAAUAUUCCGAAGAGGUUGGGUGAGGUAACUCUCAAGGAUGUAAAGGCAGCUGUGGAUCAAGAAGGAAACUACAGGUACCACUUCAAGGCACUGGACCCCGAGUUUGGCACCGUGAAAGAGGAGGUGUACCACGAUGGAGCAGUCGUUCCAGGCUGGGAAGGAAAAAUAGUUGCCUGGGUAGAAGAGGACCGUGGUGACGAAAGGCCAUUGUAGGUUCGAGCUGUGGUGGAUUGACACUUACUGGUUUUGCACCUGGAUGCACUGAUCCCAGAGGCACAUCGAAACAAGCAUUCAGAAAAGAGGCACAAGUGGACAAUGUUUUCUUUCUUUUUGUUUAGAUUUGACUCAUUGGAAAAUUACUGUAAGAAUUGUCAGCAUGAGAUUUAGGUUCAUCGACUAUUACUGUACUAAACCAUACUGAGCCAGACUUGCUCUGGAGAAUGUGUAAAUCUGUAAAAGAUGUCUACAACACCGUAAAACUCAGUGCCUUACAAAGGAAAGCUAUUUCCAGCCUGUGCGUAUUAUUGCCUAAUAACUGCAGUAUCAAAACUGGACUCCUUCUAAAACCACAGUGGUGUUGGUGUUUCACCUCUGGUGGAGGACAGAGGUCCGUGUGAUGAUUGGGGGGUGGACUUCAACAAUGUAAUUGUCAGUGUUCAGUAUCACUAUUAAUUCAUUGUGCAGCAAUGCUGUCUUUAAAAAAAACAUCACCAGUUAUGUAAUUUUCGUUGUUCUUUAGCCCAGUUACAAUUCAGUCUUCAUUGAAAAUCUGAAAUUAAUUAUUUAGCUUACUAAGAAAUAGGAAGAAAAUUCCACUUUUAUAACACAAAAGUUACAGGACAGGACAAGGACAGAAAAAUAAUAAACUGUGAACAAUUAAUUUUGUUCUUGUGCUGUUCAAAGUUUGUCUACAGUCUGACAUGAAAAAUACACUGACCACGUACCAGCAGCUACUUUUAAGUCUUGUAUUGAUUACACAUAACAGUAAAAAGUAGGAUGAAGUGUUAAAACAGACUCAUACUGGACUGCUGCCAGUGAAUAGAAAUGAUGCUGGAACUUUGAUGUUCAUGUAGAAGUGCAGACGAAGAGCACUGCUAUUUUGUUUACUUGUUGAAAUUGUUUUGUACUAUUUGUGUAAAAAUAUUUUCCUCUUAUCCUUACAUAUUGGAAGAGUGUGACUAUGACUAUUCAAUUACUGUUACAAAGAUGCUGUGGAUAUGGAUUCGACAUCUGAAUUUUAAAGUGGCCUUUUUGUCCAGGAUCAAUGGACCUACAAAGUAUUUAUGGUGUGGGUGAGCGUAUUUAUGUGUUGUGUUGGUGUGUGUGUGUGUGUGUGCGCGCGCGCGUGUGCGUCUGCGUCUGCUCGUCUGUGGACUGAAACUGUUUAGCUUAUGUGUUCCUUUAAUCUGUGUCUAUCUUUACAUUCGAGAGCAGUAUUUUUGCCUUCAGCUGAAAUAUGCAUCAGUCUACUAAACCCAUUCGAAUGCCAUAACUGCCUGUACUCUUAAAUGUACAAUCUGCUGAUGAGAUGGUUAUUUUGCAUUUGUCUGUUUAAUGGAGCCUUUACAAAAUAUGGAUCCUGUCUGUUUAAAAAAAUAAAAUUGUUGAAUGUUAGAAAGACAUAUUUUGUAAUAAAACACAACUUUUGUUUUUAAAAGA